UGAGCAGCCACAGCACCCUCAAGAGGCCGCUGGGCUCCCUUGCACCUCUAAUCAGUCAAUCGGACCAAAGCAGCCUAGUCGCUGCCUGGGUGCCUGCCCCAACGGCGUCAUGAUCUCUCGUAGUGGGAUCUGCCCGGUGCCCUGCCUCAGUCCUUCGCCUCUUAAGUACGAUCUGCCCCGCAUUCUGCACUAGACGCCCUCCUACUUCUUCCAAUCUUUCCUCUCCCUUGCCGUCCCUUCCGUGCCCCACAUCCUACCGGGCACCCUGUGUUUCCUUCCUAUCCCCCCUCUGACAAUAGUCUUACACAAUGGCUACCCGGGAGCGCUCCUCCAGGAGGCGCCGUGGCUCUCCUUUCUAUUCCGAGGUGGAGGAGGAAAGUGAGAAUGGUGUCUAUGACGACUACGAUGAGAUGAGCGAGGACGAUGAUGUCGGACACUUGGGUCCGGUAUCUCGUAACAGACGUGCCUAUGCCGGCGAAUCUGAUCUGGCGCCCCAGCAGCAGAGGCGAAGAAGUGGAAGAGCGUCUGGUCAGCCUACAAGCAGGCGUGACGUCUAUCAACAGCCAGACCCAGCCUCUCGGCAGAGACGCUCAACGCGCCAGGUCUACGGUGGUGAUCCCUACGAGAGGGAAGAAGAGAGCCCUUAUGACUAUGCUGAUCGCAGAAAGUCACGCAGGAGCCUCGCACCCACUCGCAGUCGCCGAGAUCUCCAGGAUCCUUACGCUAUGGAUGACCGAGGAGGCGGAUAUCCUCGCGCUACCCAGUCAAAGCGGGAUUUGCGGCGUCAGAGCACUAGGAACCUUGGACAGGGUACCUAUGAUGCCAGAUAUGCAGCGGAUGCACCUGGCGCAGCAGACGGCUACUUCGGAGGGCACUAUCACUCAGACCCGCGCUACUAUCCGGAGGACGAUGAGGAAGACGAUUCCUCCACUCUCGUUGGCAGGCGAAGGAGCGGUGCUGCACGGAGGGGAGGGGAUGGUCGAGACAGACGCAGCGGAGAUGUGCGUAGGUCGAUGGCUCGACCACGGGAAUCGUAUCAGCGUCCGCAGGAGAGGCGCGCCUACAGAGACGACGAUGAGGCCGAGAGACGCCGCAGACGAAGCAGCAGACGCGACCUUGGUAUGGUUGCAGGAGAUUCAUACGGGCGGGAUUCCGAUCCGAUCAAGCAUCGGUCUAGCAGGAGACGCGAGUCGGACCCCUACCGUGAGCGAGAGAGGGAGCAGCGACGUCCGCGUCGGGAAAGUGACCGCCGCUACAGCUCUCGCGACACUGGCCUCGGCUACCCUCGUGAGAAAGAAUCUAGGCGAACUCGUGACAGGGAAUUGCGGGAUCGCGAUCGCGACUACGACGAUCGGGGUGGCAGAGAAAGGGCUUCUCGCAAGCGUCAGUCUACCCAGAAGUCACGCAGGGCCCCAGCCCCUCCAUCGUACUUGAUGUCCAAUGUCCCCGAGCCAAAUGGCCCUACAAGGUAUGAUCGCAGCGAUAGGAGGAAGAACGACGUGCCCGACUGGAAUCCUCUACCGACCAGCAGGAACGAGCGCUCCUACAAUGAUCAAUACUACGAGGAUGAAGAUGGAGACGGCGGCUACGGCGAGGGUGACGAUUAUGACCGCUACUACGCGGAAGAGGACGAAGAGGUUCCUUACUACAACGGUGGCGGUCGUACUCGUGGAGGCGGUGGGUACGGACGCAGGGGCGGUCAAGAUCAAAACAACUACCGUCAAUCGCGUGGCCGCAAUGGCGGUGGGCAGGAUAGGUACUACGAUCAUAACAAUGAAGAUGUGGCAGACUAUGGCAAUGAAGACGGGGGAGGUCCCGUUUCCAAGAUCAAGGGUAGGAUCAAUGGCUUGCGCGGAGGAGGAGGAGGUGGUGGAGACAAUGCGGGCCCCGUCGCCAAGGUAAAGGGCAAGAUCAACAAUCUGCGGGGCGGUGGAGGUGGCGGAAAGGGUUACGACGAUGAUCAAGGUUACAGGCAGCCCAAGGAGAAGACCGGGAUGAUGGGCAAGGUGAAGGGGAUGAUGAGCAAGCUCGACAUCACCGCCUAAUGGACGGGGCAAGGUGAAUCUGAUCUGUUCUCCGAUCCAACUUCUCAGUUCUGCUUGAGCUGCCGAUCGUUCUCCUAUCAAUCAAUGUCUUUCACACUUCAAGAAGAAC